AUGGCUGCCUCUCCAAUGGCUCUCAGCCCGAGGCCAAACCCUCCAGGCUCGAAAGUUGCGCCAACUGCUGUCAAAAAUAAAGCACUCGCGAUCCUCAACUCCAACAACAAAACUGCGCGAUCACCUGCGGCAUCGGCAUCGAAUACUGGCAUUUCAGCGACUACAGCCAGUGACGGAAACCUGGACCUUGCAGAACAGAUGAACGAGAAUAUACGCGAACAAUUCGUCAGCGGAGCCAGGCUUGGAGAAGGAACAUACGCCAUAGUAUACGCCGGUCACUACAGAAACGACCCAAGCGCGCUCGUCGCCAUAAAGAAGAUCAAAUUCAACGCCGAAUUCAAAGACGGCAUAGCAAUGGACGCAAUCCGCGAACUCAAAUUCCUCAACGAACUCUCCCACCCCAACAUCAUCAAGCUGCAUGCCGUCUACUCGACCAAAGACCAGAACAUCUCCCUCGUCCUCGAACACCUGCCCCUCGGUGACAUCGAAGGCCUCUGGCGCAAUCCUGAAAUCACAUAUACGGGCGCAGACAUCAAGGCGUGGGCAAACAUGCUCUGUCAAGCCGUCUGGUUCUGCCACGAAAACUACAUCCUACACCGUGAUAUCAAGGGCAACAAUUUACUCAUCGCCGCCGACGGCACCGUCAAACUCGCCGAUUUUGGUCUCGCGCGCUCCUUCGCCGAGCCGGGUCGCCACAUGUCGUCCAACGUAAUCACGCGCUUCUACCGGCCGCCCGAACUCUUCUACGGCGCGCAGCACUACGGCGGCGCCGUCGACAUGUGGAGUGUAGGCUGCGUGAUCGCAGAGCUCACAAUUCGCAACUUCUUCCUCGCGGGCGACACGGACAUCGGGCAGCUCGCGACUAUAUGCGACCACUUCGGCACGCCCACGGAAGAUACAUGGCCGGGCGUUACGUCGCUACGCUACUACCUGCCGCCUGGCGAACAAGACGGCAUGGUCAAGAACUCCAAGGCGGGGAAGAUGGGCAAGCCGACGAGUUGGUGGCGCGGCACGUUCCCGUUGCUUGGGGAAGACGGCGUCGAGUUCUUGCGCUCGAGCAUCGGUAUUGGAGCACGACGCCCGCGCCCCACGAAGAAGGAGAAUUUGCCGAGGCAAGGGGGUGGGGAGAAGAAGGUGGCCGAGGAUUUGAAGAGGAAGGGGGGUGAGACGCCGGCGAAUGGGCGCGCGGAUAAGGUGGCGAGGAAGCUGGAUUUUGCGUCCAUGGGCUGA